UUGGUCUUAUCAGUCUCACAUAAAGAUUCCUAGUCGUAACAGCUUCUCUCUUUCUCUCAUCUCUUUCUCACUUACACACAACACAAGUAGAUUCCCUCCUCACCGGAAUGGCCACCACCGACGAAUCUUACGACGACGACGUCUCACCUAUUGAAGAAGUCCGUUUAACGGUGACAAACACCGACGACCAUAAACUACCGGUUUGGACGUUUAGGAUGUGGUUUUUGGGUUUAAUCUCAUGUGCCCUCCUCUCUUUCCUUAACCAAUUCUUCUCGUACCGUACCGAACCUCUUGUCAUCACUCAAAUCACGGUCCAAGUCGCUACACUCCCCAUAGGUCAUUUCUUGGCCAAGGUGCUUCCCAAAACUCAGUUUGGGAUACCAGGAUUUGGAUCGACCCGGUUCUCGUUGAACCCCGGUCCAUUUAACAUGAAGGAGCAUGUGUUGAUCUCAAUUUUCGCGAAUGCGGGUAGUGCGUUCGGAUCCGGGUCAGCUUAUGCGGUUGGUAUCGUCACAAUUAUUAAAGCUUUCUAUCGCAAAAACAUCUCUUUCAUUGCCGGCUGGCUCCUCAUCAUCACUACACAGGUAUUGGGAUAUGGGUGGGCCGGUUUACUAAGGAAAUACGUGGUCGAACCGGCUCACAUGUGGUGGCCUAGCACUUUGGUUCAAGUGUCACUGUUUCGGGCACUGCAUGAGAAGGAUGAGCAAAGGAUGACGAGAGCAAAGUUCUUUGUAAUAGCGUUAGUCUGCAGUUUCGGAUGGUACAUAGUCCCUGGCUAUCUCUUCACGACACUCACAAGCAUAUCAUGGAUAUGUUGGGCAUUCCCACGAUCAGUCACUGCUCAACAGAUUGGUUCGGGAAUGAGAGGUCUCGGUCUUGGAGCCUUUACACUAGACUGGACCGCGGUUGCAUCUUUCUUGUUCAGUCCACUCAUUAGCCCCUUCUUCGCCAUCGCUAAUGUUUUCAUCGGCUAUGUUCUUUUGAUCUACAUCGUGUUGCCUUUAUCUUAUUGGGGAUUUGAUGCUUACAACGCUACGAGGUUCCCUAUAUUCUCAUCGCACUUGUUCACAUCGGUUGGUCAGACGUACGAUAUCCCUGCGAUCGUGAAUGAUAAGUUUGAGCUCGAUUUAGCUAAGUACGAGCAGCAAGGAAGGAUUAACUUGAGCACGUUCUUUGCUAUGACUUAUGGGCUUGGUUUCGCUACCAUUGCUUCUACACUCACUCAUGUAGCUCUCUUCUACGGCAGGGAAAUUACCGAGAGGUUUCGAGUUUCGUACAAAGGCAAAGAGGAUGUCCAUACUAGGUUAAUGAAGAGAUAUAAAGACAUACCUUCAUGGUGGUUCUAUUCAAUGCUGGGUGCAACACUUCUUAUCUCUCUUGCGUUAUGUGUUUUCUUGAACGAUCAGGUUCAAAUGCCUUGGUGGGGACUUGUGUUCGCUAGUGCCAUGGCUUUCAUCUUCACACUUCCCAUCAGCAUCAUUACCGCAACAACUAACCAAACACCAGGGUUGAAUAUAAUAACUGAGUACGCAAUGGGAAUCAUUUACCCGGGAAGACCUAUUGCAAAUGUAUGCUUCAAAGUCUAUGGAUACAUGAGUAUGGCACAAGCUGUCUCUUUCUUAAACGACUUCAAACUUGGUCACUACAUGAAGAUCCCACCAAGAUCCAUGUUCUUGGUUCAAUUCAUCGGUACAAUUCUUGCUGGAACAAUUAACAUAACGGUUGCAUGGUGGCAACUAAACACUAUAACCAAUAUAUGCCAAGAAGAACUUCUACCACCCAACAGUCCAUGGACAUGUCCGGGCGACCGUGUUUUCUUCGAUGCAUCGGUCAUUUGGGGAUUGGUAGGACCAAAACGGAUCUUUGGCUCACAAGGAAACUACGCUGCCAUGAACUGGUUUUUCCUCGGUGGUGCAAUAGGACCGGUGAUAGUGUGGUUGUGCCACAAAGCGUUUCCAAAACAUUCUUGGAUUCCUCUAGUGAAUCUCCCGGUUCUACUAGGAGCAACCGCAAUGAUGCCACCAGCGACAGCGGUGAACUACAACUCAUGGAUCUUGGUCGGGACGAUAUUCAACCUUUUUGUGUUCCGGUACCGGAAAAGCUGGUGGCAAAGGUAUAACUACGUGCUGUCAGCUGCGAUGGACGCUGGUGUAGCGUUCAUGGCGGUUUUGUUGUACUUCUCGGUAGGGAUGGAGGAUAAGAGUUUGGAUUGGUGGGGAACAAGAGGUGAACAUUGUGAUCUAGCUAGAUGUCCUACCGCUAGAGGAGUGAUUGUUAAAGGUUGCCCGGUUGUAUGAUUGCUGCGUUACAAAAAUGUAUUAUAUCGAUAUUUAUAAACAAAUAAAUUAAUUAAAAUUCGCAAUUAUAAAAGAACAA